GUAUUUCUUCUUCCUCGAGAAGAAAGAUCCCGUCUCUCUCUCUUUCGUGUCUUCUUCUUUUUCAACUUUCUGAUACUGUUGACGACGACGACGACGCCGGACGAUUUGUCUUCUCUCCAAUCUCCGGUCAUCGGAGAGGUACAAUCGAUAUCGGAGAGUUUACAAACGUGAACUCCAACUUCCGAUCUGCAACAGUUGAGAUUUAGAGGUAUGAAUUGGGUUCAGAGAAAGAUAUAUCUGUACAAUGUUACCUUUGGGCUCUAUAUGUUGGACUGGUGGGAGCGGUGCCUUUUCAACACUCUAGUGCUUGUGCUGAUGUGGUUCGUGUGCUACAAUGGGUUUCAACGUGCUACUCAGUUCUAUACAAGAUUCAGCCUAUCGAAUGUUGAGGUUGUUCCGGGAUUUGAUAACCUAUCACAGCAUGGAGCAUCAUUUCAAUAAUUUAGAGUAACAAAUGAACCAUUGAAAUGAAUCAUGCUUGUUUAAUUAGCAGCUUCUCUGUUGUAUCAGUAUGUGAUGCUAGAAGACUUCAUUCAAUAUCCAGAUUUGUUCCAUUUUUUUAUAUGUAAAAUUCAUGCAACCAUUGAUUUUCCUUGUGUUUUUAUUGAACAUCUUUUUUUGAACUACCACUAA